AUGGCCACUGCGCCUGCUAGAGCUCGAGCCGAUUACGACUUCCUCAUCAAGCUCCUUCUUAUCGGCGACAGCGGGGUUGGAAAGAGUUGCCUGUUACUUCGUUUCUCUGAUGAUUCGUUUACGACGAGUUUCAUCACCACAAUUGGGAUUGAUUUUAAAAUUAGGACAAUUGAGCUUGAUGGCAAGCGCAUCAAACUUCAAAUAUGGGAUACUGCUGGCCAAGAACGUUUCCGAACAAUCACAACAGCUUACUAUAGGGGAGCCAUGGGUAUAUUGCUGGUAUAUGAUGUGACGGAUGAGUCAUCCUUCAACAACAUCCGAAACUGGAUCAGGAACAUAGAGCAGCAUGCCUCUGAUAAUGUCAACAAGAUACUGGUUGGUAACAAAGCUGACAUGGAUGAGAGCAAAAGGGCUGUGCCAACAUCACGGGGCCAGGCAUUAGCUGAUGAAUAUGGUAUUAAAUUUUUUGAGACGAGUGCAAAAACAAAUUACAAUGUGGAGCAAGUCUUCUUUUCUAUAGCUAGAGACAUAAAGCAAAGGCUGGCAGAGACUGAUUCCAAAGCAGAGCCUCCAACCAUUAAAAUCAGUAAACCCGACCCUGGCAAGGGGUCAACUGCUGCUCCAGAAAAGUCAGCAUGCUGUAAUACUUGA